UGAUCUGAUGCAACGCCUCAGUCAAGGAAGCUUUCAGUGCACGUUGGGGUGAGCAGGCGGCGGCUGUGGUGCAGUGUCGAUGUCCUCAGAGGUGGUCAGGGGGACUGCGGCGAUGGUACUAGCAGAGCUCUAUGUCUCUGACCGAGAAGGAAAUGACGCAACAGGGGAUGGAACCAAGGAGAAACCAUUUAAAACAGGCCUAAAGGCUUUGAUGACAGUUGGAAAAGAGCCGUUUCCCACUAUUUAUGUGGAUUCACAAAAGGAAAAUGAGAGGUGGGAUGUUAUUUCUAAGUCACAGAUGAAGAACAUUAAAAAGAUGUGGCACAGAGAACAGAUGAAGAAUGAUUCUCGGGAGAAGAAAGAGGCAGAAGAUAACUUACGAAGAGAAAAGAACCUGGAGGAAGCAAAGAAAAUUAUCAUUAAAAAUGACCCGAGCCUGCCAGAGCCGGCUUGUGUAAAGAUUAGUGCAUUAGAAGGAUACAGAGGCCAGAGGGUGAAGGUGUUUGGCUGGGUCCACAGGUUACGCAGGCAAGGAAAGAAUUUGAUGUUUUUGGUGUUGCGAGAUGGUACAGGUUAUCUUCAGUGUGUCUUGUCAGAUGACUUGUGUCAGUGUUACAACGGAGUGGUCUUGUCCACUGAGAGUAGUGUGGCAGUGUACGGGACCCUGAACUUAACUCCAAAGGGCAAACAGGCUCCAGGAGGCCACGAGCUGAGCUGCGACUUCUGGGAACUGGUGGGGCUGGCCCCAGCUGGAGGGGCUGAUAACCUGAUCAACGAGGAGUCCGAUGUGGACGUCCAGCUCAACAACCGGCACAUGAUGAUCCGCGGAGAGAACAUGUCCAAAAUCCUGAAAGCGCGGUCCAUGAUCACCAGGUGUUUCAGGGACCACUUCUUCGACAGGGGGUACUGUGAAGUUACCACUCCGACACUGGUGCAGACGCAGGUGGAAGGUGGGGCCACACUCUUCAAGCUUGACUAUUUCGGGGAAGAAGCCUUUUUGACCCAGUCCUCACAGUUGUACCUGGAGACCUGCCUUCCAGCCCUGGGAGAUGUUUUCUGUAUAGCCCAGUCCUACAGGGCGGAGCAGUCCAGGACUCGAAGACACUUGGCUGAGUUCACGCAUGUGGAAGCUGAAUGUCCUUUCCUGACCUUCGAGGACCUCCUGAACCGUUUAGAGGACCUAGUGUGUGACGUGGUGGACAGAGUCUUGAAAUCACCAGUGGCCAGCAUAGUGUAUGACCUCAACCCGAACUUUAAACCCCCCAAACGGCCUUUCCGCCGGAUGAACUAUUCAGACGCUAUCGAGUGGCUGAAGGAGCACGACGUAAAGAAAGAGGACGGGACGUUCUACGAAUUUGGAGACGAUAUUCCCGAAGCGCCAGAGAGACUGAUGACAGACACCAUUAAUGAACCAAUCCUGCUGUGUCGAUUUCCUGUGGAGAUCAAGUCCUUCUAUAUGCAGCGCUGUCCUGAGGAUCCUCGGCUUACUGAAUCUGUGGACGUGUUGAUGCCCAACGUCGGUGAGAUUGUGGGAGGCUCAAUGCGCUCCUGGGACUGUGAGGAGAUUAUGGAAGGCUAUAAGAGGGAAGGGAUUGACCCCGCUCCGUAUUAUUGGUAUACAGAUCAGAGAAAAUAUGGCACAUGUCCUCAUGGAGGGUAUGGCUUGGGCUUGGAACGGUUUCUGAGCUGGAUUCUGAACAGGUAUCACAUCCGAGAUGUGUGCUUGUACCCUCGAUUUCUCCAGCGCUGCAGGCCAUAACCGCAAGCCCCUGAGGCACCACUGAAAGAAAGGAAACGUCAAGACUGCCUCGACAAAAGAACAAAUGCCCCAGUUGUCCCUUGACGUCCUGUUGGGGGGGGUAGCUUUUUCCCUUCUUUAUGUUCUCUCUUCCUGUUAUCCUAAAAAGCAGUAGGUAUUACUUGAACGAACAUCAAGUGGCAUUGAUGCUCCUUUAAUAAAGAUAGUCAUUACAAAAUUUUGAGGAAAUAUAUGUCAUGUCACUCUUUAGUUAUGGAGCAACUUCAUGUACUGUAGGUUACAAUCAUUGUAUUAAAUAAACCAUAUAUGAUUAUACAGUUUUUAA